AUGGCGUCUUCUUCUUCUACAACACUCUUAUCAAAUUCACUUCAUAUUAACCAAAUCACAAUUCACAAUAGGCUACAUGUAUCCCCCACAGUUUCACUAAACCAAAAACUUCCAAUAUAUUCCAAAAACCCUCUCAAACUUUCCACCACCACCACCACCACCACAAUACCCUUUGCCUCUGGUUCUGCAGGAGUUGAGUCUCCUUUGCUGAGUGAGGACACCUCGAGUUCAUUGGAUUUGGUGAAAGUGUUUGAUUUGGAAGGAAAUGGGAUUCCUAUUUCUGACUUGUGGAAAGAUAGGAAAGCUGUUGUCGCAUUUGCUCGUCAUUUCGGGUGUGUACUUUGCCGCAAAAGGGCUGAUUAUCUUGCAUCAAAGAAGGAUAUAAUGGAUGCAUCUGGUGUAGCACUUGUAUUGAUUGGACCUGGCAACAUUGAUCAGGCCAAAUCCUUUGCUGAGCAAACAAAAUUUAAAGGAGAAAUCUAUGCAGACCCUGCUCAAUCGUCGUAUGAGGCCUUAAGAUUUGUUUCUGGAGUUUUAACCACAUUUACCCCCAAAGCAGGUCUUAAGAUAAUAGAAUUGUACAUGGAAGGUUAUCGACAAGAUUGGAAGCUUUCAUUUGAAAAGGAUACUGUUAGCAGAGGAGGGUGGCAACAAGGAGGGAUUAUUGUUGCAGGUCCUGGUAAAGGUAACAUCUCAUACAUUCACAAGGACAAAGAAGCAGGGGAUGACCCAGAAAUUGAAGAUAUCUUAAAAGCAUGUUGCUCUUGA